AUGUUAUUCUAAAUAUUACUAAUACUGUUGGGAUUGCUUAUCUGUUGGUUUUUGAUCAAGCCUUUGAUCAUUAUGAUAAAAUUGAAAUUAUAAUUUGGGUCAACUUGUAAAAUAUCGUUUGGAAUUUUUGGAAUUUUGGGAUUGAGUAGCACAGCUAUUAUUGAGAAGAUGAAGAAAAAAUCAAUACCUAAAACUGUGAAGUUUAUUGUGCAUAAUUAUGCUUCAACUGUUUAAAUCUUAAUAAUUGAUCCUGAAUAUUAUCAAUUUAUGCUAAACAAUCACGAAAACUAUUCUUAAAUUAAUGAAUUAAACACAAGGUAAAUACAAUUUUAUUAUUUAGUCAAUUAUUGGAUGAAGGUAUUAUGUUUCAAUAAGGACAAAAGUGGAAAUAAUAACGUGAAUUGUUGAUUUAAUAUUUUGAUCUUGAAAAACUUAAAAGGAAUUUACCUACUAUAAAUGAGAUUAUUCAAAAAAAUAUUAAAUAAUACGAUUAAUAGAAUGAUAAAAUUCAGACAACUUUAUUGAAAAUAAUAAGUGAUAUUCUCAUUUAAUGCUUUUUUGGAUAAGAUGCGAAUAAAUUAUUGAUUAAUAAAAAAUGCAUCGGGUUAGAAACCAUUGAUUUGUUUGAAGCAUUAUCGAAAUUGAGUAGAAAACCAUAUUAAUUAUGCAAAAACAUUCUUUUUGGAGUCUAAGCAUUAAAAAUGUUUCCUAACUCAGAGGAAUAAAUCAUUCAAACAAAAAUAAAUAAUAUUAAGCUUACAAUAGAAAAAAUUAUUCAAAAAAGAAUAGUUUAGCACGAACUUAAGUUGGAUGAGGAUGAAAAUGAGAUAUCAUAAAUGUCAGAGGACAUCCUUAAUAUAUAUAUUUAAGUUUAUCUUUAAGGAAAAAAAGGGAACAACAACAGAAUGUCGUUUGAAGAAAUAAAAUAAUAAUAUUUUACGUUGUUUAAAAUCGGCAGCGAGACAUCUAAUUAAAUAAUCUAGGCAAGUCUUCACUAUUUGACCGAAUAACCCUUAAUCUAAACUGAAUUAAGAUAGGAAAUUUAGAGCAUUUGCAAAACAGAUAUUAUUUAAUUUCAGGAAUUGAAGAGCUUAGUUAAAUUGAGUGCUUUCUUAAAUGAAGUUUUGAGAUUUGUUAAUCCGAUUCCUAUUGUUAGAAAGGUUUAGACCACUCACUUUAUUAAAGAUUUAAAACUAAAAAGAAGUAAUUAUAUUAUCAAACAUUUAUAGAUUGGAUUGUCAUGAUAGAUUAUUCAGUAACAAAUUCAAAUGAGAAAUACUAUGAUAAUCCUAAAGAAUUCAACUACUAGAGAUGGCUAUAAUCAGAAACGACUAAAGAGAACAAUAAUUAUGUUUUUAUUCCUUUCUCAAACGGACCAAGAUAUUGUGUUGGGUAAAGUUUGGCCACAAUGAUUUACCAGAUAAUUCUUAUUAAUAUUUUGAGGAAUUUUGAAGUAAAUGUAAAUGAGAAAGCAAAAAAUAAUAAGUAGGUCACAUUUGUACUAUAGAAUAACUGCUUUAAAUUAAGUCCAAUACCUCAAAAAUGA